CAAUUACCUUAAAACUAAGUUCAUUGGUUACACUUUCCACCACUUUCCACAAGCUUUCUUUUGACCUGCUGCUACUGAAAACCUUUCCACCAUGGAUUUUUCCUCAUUUAAAAUUCUGCAGUGCGGAAUGAGCUUAAAGUCCAGUGCCCGCAUCAAGAAACGCCGCUCGGAUGCAGCAGCAGCCAACUAUGCUACAGCGGCAUCCACAGCUCCCAGUCCAGCUUCAGUUAUGGCGGGCAACGGGGGCGGUUCAUCCUCAGCCAACUCCUCCACAGCCAACAGCACCAUCACCACCACUACCACCACCGCUUGCAACAACAACAACAGUAACUCCAACCCCUGUCCCUCGUCUGGAAAGAAACAUACUUUCGUUGGACGCAAUCCCAACUUCGACACGGACGAGACCAAGCUGCUCAUCCAAUUGUGGGGUGAUCCCAAGUUGCAGAGAACCCUGAUAACCACACACAAGAAACACGCUGUGAUCUGCCAGCUAGCGGCCAAGAUGCAGGAGUACGGCUACCACCGCUCCCCGGAGGAGAUUACGACGCGCAUCAAGAAUCUCAAGUGUUUCUACAAUCGCCUCAAAAAGGACAAGGAGUGCGGCGCACUCUCCGCCGAUGCCGAGCCCAGCUGGAAGCACUUUGCCGAGAUGGACGCCAUCAUGACCCGGCCCAUCUUCAGUGUACGUCCCAAUGAAGUGCCGGCUCCCUCCUUGAAGUACCAAUUGGAGCAAGCACUGGAGGAGCACGCAGAGCGUCGUAAGCGGCGAUUGGAAAACGGCGAGGAGCUGUCUGAGAGCGACAACGAGGAGGAUGAUAUGCUCUUGUCCGCUCUAGUUAGCAAAAACAAGGAGUCUACGUCAAAGAAGGAGCUGGAAGCAGGAUGUCUGGAGUCCGAUCGGGACGUCAAUGAGGAUUCCUUCGCCAAGCGACGGAAGCUUUCCGAUGAUGUAGAUGUAGACAUUGGCGAAGCCUUGAUUAAGUCGGAACCGGUUCCUGAAGUGGAGACAGCGCCUCCUGCUGUCGUUGAUCCUGAACCAGAUGAAGAUGAUGAUUGCCUGCUGCUGCCCCUGCCAAAGGAAGAACCCAUCGAUGUGGAUGCAGCAGACGAUUCUACCAAUGAGAAGUCAUCGAGUCCCAGCUCGUCAUCGACUUUGGCGGAAAUGUUGCAGAGAAACAAGACCACAGGUAAUCUGCUCCCCUUAACCGGAGCUAAUGUCAUCAUUCCUGCUGGGAUUACCACCAAUCCGGCCAGCAGUUGUUCCACCAAUCAGAACUCUAAUACUGCAGCUGGCAGUAAACUGCAGGCCGGAAAGAUAUCGCUGGUUCCCACAAAUUUCCUGAUGCAAUCCAAGCUGCCGCCGGUUGCGGGACCAAGUCCCAACCCAGUGGCUAAGGGAGCUGCUCCCCAGCUUCAGCUGUUGCAGAAUGCAAUUACUCAGGGCGCCCGCCUAAUGAUUAGUGGGUCACCCGCAGCGCCAACUCAACAACCCGUGGUGGCCACUGCUCCAGGAGGAGUCAAGUUCGUCCUGGUCAACGCAGAGCAAGCGAAGGCAGCGGCUGCUGCUGCUGCAGUGGGCAAGUCUUCAGCCUCAUUGCCCCUGGCAACAGCCCAGGCCCAAGCGCAGGCUGUGGCUCAGCAGCAUCAGCAAAAGCUGCAGCAGACUCUCCACCAGGAGCAGAUCCAACAUCAGCAGCAAAUUCAACUCGAGAAGGAGGAGAGUCGCAGGGCGCAGGAAAAGGCUCGGGAAGAUCAACAAACCAGACGGCACAUGACAACCAUGAGAAUCCUAUUGCGCCAACUGCUGAAUGCGCAAAACGAGGCCAACGAGAUUCAACACAACCGUUUGUCCUUGGAGCGUGAGCGUCUAGACUGGGAGAAGUCUAUAGGGGAUCGGGUGCUCAAUAUGCUGCCAAGCUUACUCCAACCGGCAGCUGCGGCCGCCACGCCUGCCUCUGUUGCCCAGCGCCUACAGCCGCCCAAGCUACUCUUUACCACCGCCCUCCCCAUGGCCAAUGGCACUGUUUCUAUGCCGCAUAUACUGACAUCCAAUUCCCUGCCUAAAGUGAUAACCACUACGAGCAGUGUGAGCGGAGGUACGGGAUUAGUGACUACCUGUGUGGCCCCCAAGCCGGUGGACAACGAUGUCCAGCUUGUCACGCCCAAGCAGGAGAAGGAAGGCUAAAUCUGCAAUCAACUAGUCAUGUUACGUGAUUGAUAUUAAGAACGUAUUACAACAGUGAUCUCUAAGAAAUGAUAUUCCAGUGAAAAAGAAUCUGCUCUUAAUUUUAGCUUACUUUUAAAUACUCCUGAUAAAAUAAAGAUUGACUUAAUAA